ACCAUCUUCAUUUCUUACUAAUUUCUUCUGCUUGAGUUUUCAUUUUGCAAGAAAAAAAUCAACCAAAGAAAAUGGCAACUGCAAUGAAUAUCAAAGCUGCUGCAAUGGUAUCUGCUAUUGCAGCUAAUCGUAAAAUUGCAGCAUCACUGAUUCACCUUCAUUUCCACAACUUUUGUUUGGAUGAAUUGUUAGCUGGAUGUGGAGCCAAAUCUGCCUAUAGUGCAGUGGCUGCUUUCAAUAAUUUCUACCAAGCAAUGGAUUCUUAUGAAGAUGAGCAGAAUUGAUGCGAUGAAAAGGGAAAUGGAGGGCAGGGCAACAUGGAGGCAUAGAAGGCUCUAGCAGAAUUGAAGCUUCAAAAAAUGCUUUAGUUUAGCAGUUUAAUUUUCUCAUUUAGAAAAUAUAUUACUAGUAAUGAGUUAAUGUUUAUCAAAUUACUAAGUUUUGAAUAUUAUAUAGUUUUUGUAUAUAGUACAAUUGUUUUUAUUUUCAAUACAUUUUGUUUUAAAUG